AUGUUUCAGGAGUACCGAGAGCCCGGAGUAGAUGCCAGGAAGAGGACCGUUUUCCAGUGCACAGACAUGAGUCCCUCUGACUCUGUGCCUACAUCAGUGGAGCGUGUCAAAGCUGCUGAUAUCAAGGUCAUUGCAGCAUUAGGUGACUCAAUUACCAGUGGAGUUGCAAUCAAUGCAUCGAGCAUCGCGGAAGUGUUUGUAGAAUAUCGCUACCUGUCAUGGAGCAUUGGAGGACUUGGAACAUUCCAGAAUGCUGUAACACUUGGCAAUAUUGUGAAGCUCUUCAAUCCUGACCUGCUGGGUCCUUCACCAGCCAUCACCAUAGUUGGGCAGCCCUCCACGUUACAGCAGACAGGGUUCAACCUGGCGGUCUCAGGAGCUAACGCGCUAAACUUAACAGGACAAACAAGAAAUAUGAUUGACACCUUCAAGAGCUACUCUGGCUUGAACUUCACAGAUGAUUGGAAACUAGUGACUGUUUUCAUCGGCCUCAAUGACAUUUGUGACUACUGCAAAGACAAAACUCUCUUCUCUGCGGAUAACUUCAUUAGCCACAUCAACGAGUCCCUUCAGAUCAUGAUGGAUGAGGUCCCCAGACUGAUUGUGAACGUAGUGCAGCUGCUGACCAUAGAGCCAUUGAGGCAGGUGAAGGAGCCAACCGCUGCAUGCCAGUUACAAAGUGUCUUCUGUUCGUGUUUGGUUUUACCAGAAGACAACUCCACAGAACUGACAGAACUUGUAGAACUCAACAGUCAAUUCCAGACUAAGCUUGAGGAAUUGAUCCAGAGUGGCCGCUUCUUCAAGGAUGACUUCGCAGUGGUCCUGCAGCCUUACCUGGCCAACACAGAACUCCCUAAAUUUCCUAAUGGCACUGUGGACUUCAGCUACUUUGCUCCUGACUGCUUUCACUUCGCUGCCAAGGCCCACGAGGAGCUGGCCAAGGGCCUGUGGAACAACAUGUUUCAGCCGGAGGGCGAGAAAGCCAUGCUGACCAAUCUAACGGACCCAGUGACACUCAUCUGCCCCCCACAGGACCACCCCUACAUAUACACCAGGCCGAAAGCGCUCUCUGCUGGCACACAGACGCAAGUGCUCCCCUCUCUUGUAGCUCUGAUCACAGCCCUGACCGCUGUACUACUCCACUGAUGUUACACAGGGCAACUUUUUUUUCUUUGGUUUUAGCAAACGCACAUCGUGUGAGGUGCGCACAGUGGUUCUGUGCUACUUUAA